AGCUCCUCUCUGAUGGUGGGUCUGCAUUUUUCCAAGUAGUUACGAAAAAUCAUGAAAGAUCUUGCCACUGUACUUCAGGGAACUGAAGAGCAGGGGGACCUCAGCUUGCACUGCUCUGAGCAGACAGAUUUUCCUUAGUUGCGCCACCAUUCCCUACUAAGGGGAGAGGGAGCCCAGCUGGUGCUCAGCAGGGCUCAGUGCUCUCACCUGCACAGGACCUGCUCCCGGGGGCACAGGCAUGAGGAUUGCUCACCUGCUUUCUACGCAGCUUUUUUUUUUUUUUUUUUUCCUCUCUCCAGGCUGCACCUUUCAAACAGAAUUAGAUAAUUUUAGCCUUUCUGGCACACAAACACGCGUCUGAACGAAGUUAGGCACCGCAAGGAAGCGGACCUAGAGGCUCUCCGCUCCCGAUUGGAGCAAAGAUUGGAGCGAUCCCAAAGGGCUGGCACGGCCCCGAGCCUCCCGGCACAAAGGCUGAGGCCAGCAGCUGCCGAGCGGAGGGGCUCGGCCGCGGGGCCCCCCGUUCCCGACCCAGCCAUGAACUGCAGCGAGGCGCGGCGGCUGCAGGCGCUGCUGGGGUCAUUGCUGCGGGAGCUGCGCCGCGGCACCAACGGCAGCGCGGCGGCCGGCCAGGGCCCGGGGGGAGACGCCUCGCUGUACAUCCUGCUCAUCAUGGUCUUCUACGGCUGCCUGGCCGGGGCGCUCAUCCUGGCCUACACCCGCUCGCGGAAGCUGGAGUCCAAGCACGACCCCUACCACCUGUACAUCGAGCGCGACUGGGGCCGCGGUGGCCCCGGGCAGCCGGCCGAGGAGGGCGGCCCCGCCGAGGAGCAGCGCCUGAUGUGAGCGCCCGGAGCCCCGCGGAGGAAGAGGAGGAAGAAGAGCCCAGCCUCGGGACCGCUUCUGCCACGGUGCCGACCCGGGGCCCCUUCCCUCCCGUGGGGCUCCCCCAGCUCUUUGGGGUGGCCACCGCGCUCCUACACUGACCGCCUGCGGUACUGCGUGCCCGGAGCCCUCCUGUUCAUCGUCUGCAGAGCUUCAAGGUUUAAAGGUCUUCCUCCUCUUCCACCGCUUUGUGCUCCCCCCGAAGGCAGCGCUUCGGCAGUGAAAGGCAGCUCGGUGAUCACAGCGUCAUCCCCUCCAUCACGCCCCAGCCCGGGUCGUUCCAGCAGGUACAAGGCUUUGCAAGGGUCAAGUCGCCUUCUGCUAAAGCAAGACGGGUCUGGGCUCGAUGUGGAGGCAUUUAUUAAAACAAAACCAGCUCAGAGGUGAAGUUGUGCCCUUGAGGAAAGCAUCAGUACCUCCUGUAUGUAGGUGCUGCGCCUUUGCUGACACACAGUAAGUGAUAAAGCCACCGGUAACUUCUCUCCACCAACCCAGAAACGUAAUUCCAAAUACAUCUUUGUCCAAGUUAAAACAUAGGAUUAGAACAAACAGCAUUUGCUCUUUACAGUGAAGUGAGGCAGGCAAUGUUAUUUUCAAUAUUCGUUGAAUGUUCUAACUAUGUUAAUAGCCUAUCAUUUCUUGUAGUUGUUGUUCCCCCCCCCAAUAAAGCUUAAUGAACAAUCCCAAGGAACAAGUACCUCCAACCAGCCCAGUUACUUCAGCAUUAUGAUUUUAUCCAAGGUAAUGUGUCUUUAGAUAUCAACGUGUAUCUUGUGAAUCCUAAAUACCUUAAUAAUUAAAGAGCAUGAGGCGGGGGGGAGAUUCAAGCUCCAUGAACAACUUCAAUGUGAGUGCAGGCAAUAGUACUACAUGCCAGCGCUUAACAGUGGAUGGCACGUGAAAACUUCAGCUCGGCAAAGAAAAUAUAGUAGCUAGCAUUGUGUGAGAAAAGAAAUU